GUUUUACUCUCUUGGCUUUGGAUAUGCCCAGCAAAGCCCUAUCAGAUCUCCAGCCACAGCCUGUUCUAUCAAUGAUGCAGCUGUUUGGAUGGGAUGACAUGGUGUGGCCUCAGCUGGUGUCAAGAUAUUUAAGUCACCUAAUUCAAAACAGUGCAGUGUGUGAAGCCUUUUCCAGCAUGGGAUACACACCCUAUGAAGCGCUGACAGUGCGCUCCUGGUUUCGAUGCGUUUUGCAAAUGUUCCUAGAUCAACCAAGUGGUGUGCUGGCCAGGACAGACACUGAGACAACAGUUGGGAAAGCCUAUAUGGAGCAGCUGACUGAAAUGACAAGACUGAUUUUUAAACUCUCCGAAGUAGAAAACAUUCUUUCAAAGGCUCAUGUUGAGGAGUCAGUUUUCAAGCAAGACCCUAAAACUGCCCUUGUCCAAUUCAUUAAGGCUGUUGGUAAAACUUACAGUGGCCUUCAGACACUCCCUGAGAAGUCUGCCAUGGUAGCAAAGACUCUGGAGUAUUUAGGUGAUGUAUUAAAAUACGUAAAACCUUAUCUAAAGGCAAAAGGACCUCCAGAAGGUCUGCAGCUUACAUAUUGGAUCAUAGGAUGUCUGGUAAAGUUCUGGGCCCCGAUACUGGCUACUUCCAAAGCGCAGCAGCUCCUCUUCCGCAUCGUGGAUUGCUUGCUGCUGCCACACUCUGUGCUCCAGCAGGACAAAGAGCUGCCCACAGCUUUGCUGUCUGCCAUUCACGAAAGCCUACCUCUUUAUCUUCAGGGCUUGUCCUUUGCAUGUUGCCAGUCCCAAAUGCAAGGUGCCUAUUUAAAUCAACUGCUUGGGAACAUUAUUCAACAGUACUUUGGACGAUUUCUUCCUUCUUCUCCAAGUGUGCUUGGAGCUGGGCAGCAUCCUGUGCUGACUGCUUUAUGCAGUUCCAUCACAGCCCCCCAGGUGCUCCGACUACGGAAGACCACUCUGCAUGUCAUAAAUGAAAACUACCUGCAGUUCAAAGGUCAUGCUCCACCUCCUCGCUUGGCCUCUGUUCUUGGGUUCAUUCUGGAGGUACUGCAGAGAACCCAGAGCACUGAACUGUGUGACAUGGACUUAGUUCUCCCGGCUGUGUUGAAAUGCAUGCUGUUGGUUAAUGAGCUACAAGUUAAAAAAAUAUCUACAGACAUUGUACAGUACAUGGUAGAAGGCUGCCAAGCAGGGUCAGGAGGAGAACAUGCCACCCAGCUGACUUCUGUAUUUAGGCAGUUUAUCCAGGACUAUGUUGCUGUGUAUGAUCACCGAGUUCUCAGCAUACUGGAGGCAGUGGCAGUCCUGGAUCAGACGUUGGUCACCAGCCUGAUUCCCACCAUCACACAGGCUCUGAAGGAGUCGGAGCGCAAACAAGGUCUUGGAAGAAAUGCUGCACAGAGAGAAGCCUAUAAAAGACUCUUAUCUUACCUCGCAGAGGCUGGACAAAAUGAGAUACAAAAGCUGGAAAAUGAGACAGAGCUUUCUGUUGGCUUUGAAAGUGCCAUUAGUGAAGAACUGAACGUGCAGACUCAGAGUGCAGCAGCCCGGGAGAAGCCGAGAGCAUUCACAAUGCCUUACGAGGUUGCAUAA